AUGAAUAUUUUAACUGCUAUCCUCUUUUUGGUUCUUUUUAAAGGUUUGAAUGGUGCUUCUCCUCCUUUCGGACAACUUUCUGUAAAAGGUAGUAAAGUCUAUGGAUCUAAUAAUCAGCCUGUAGUGUUGGCGGGAAUGUCCCUCUUUUGGUCUCAAUGGAGUGAAGGCUCUGUCUUCUAUACAGCAAAUACUGUUCAAUCAUUAAAGUGUAAUUGGAAUGCUAAUGUUGUUAGAGCAGCUAUGGGAGUAGAAAAUGGCGGUUAUUUAACGAAUCCAAGUGCUGAAAAAGCUAAAGUUGAGACUGUGAUAAAAGCUGCUAUAGCUCAAGGAAUUUAUGUAAUUGUUGACUGGCAUGACCAUAAUGCUCAGAAUCAUGUUGAUCAGGCGAUUAAUUUCUUCACUUACAUUGCUAAAACAUACGGAUCAAAUCCAAACAUUAUUUACGAGACUUUCAAUGAACCUUUACAAAUUGAUUGGAGUAUUGUUAAAAGCUAUCACGAAAAAGUCGUUGCCGCCAUACGCAAAUAUGACAAAAAGAAUUUAAUAGUACUCGGAACAACAACAUGGUCUCAAGAUGUAGAUAUUGCUGCAGCAAAUCCAGGAGUUUGCAUUUUCGUAACAGAAUACGGCACUGUUGAUGCCAGUGGUGGAGGCAGUGUAGAUGUUGCCUCUUCAAACCAAUGGUGGUCUUUUUUAGAUUCAAACAAAAUUUCUUAUGCCAAUUGGGCAAUAGAUAAUAAAGCUGAGGCAGCAGCUGCCCUCACCCCCGGAACAACUCCAUCACAGGUUGGGGAUGAUUCUCGAUUGACAGCAUCAGGCAAAUUGGUGAAAAACAAACUUAAAUCUAUGAAAAAUGGUAUUUAA